CGCACCAGAGCGAGCCGCCUGUAGGCGGACCUGAACCGUCAGACCAGACAACAACAGUGACACAUUUAGAGCGGGUUUGUGUUCCAGUCCAGCCAUGGGUGUUGUCUAAAGGUGGACUCAGUAGCACCGACGCUUACCUCCAAGUUCCAUCCUCAUGAAGGAGCUCCGUCCGGGCUGAGGUCGGGAGAUGGGAGUACUCAACAUUGCAGACCAGCCUCCUCUGGUCCAGGCCAUCUUCAACCGAAAUGUUGAAGAAGUACAACAACUAUUGCACAAAAAGGAGGAUGUCAAUGCACUGGACCAGGAGCGUCGUACGCCGCUUCAUGCUGCUGCCUGUGUGGGUGAUGUUCACGUUAUGGAGCUUCUCAUCGAAGCAGGUGCCAGCGUGAACGCGAAAGAUCAUGUGUGGCUGACCCCGCUGCACCGAGCUGCUGCUUCCAGAAAUGAAAGGGCCGUCGGUCUCCUACUGAGGCGCGGUGCUGAGGCGAACGCCCGAGACAAGUUCUGGCAGACGCCGCUGCAUGUGGCUGCUGCCAAUCGGGCCACUCGCUGUGCAGAAGCCCUGCUGACCCAGCUGAGCUACCUGAACCUGGCGGACCGCACAGGCAGAACCGCACUACACCACGCUGCCCAGAGCGGCUUCCAGGAGAUGGUGAAGUUGCUGUUGAACAAGGGGGCAAACCUGAGUGCCAUCGACAAGAAGGAGCGACAGCCCCUCCACUGUGCUGCUUAUCUGGGACACGUGGACGUGGUGAAGCUGCUAGUGUCACGCAGUGCUGACAAGAGCUGCAAGGACAAGCAGGGCUACACCCCCCUCCACGCUGCCGCCGCCAGCGGUCACCUCGACAUCGUCAAGUACCUGCUGAGAAUGGGCACCGAGAUCGAUGAGCCCAACGGCUUUGGGAACACAGCCCUGCAUGUGGCGUGCUACAUGGGUCAGGAGGCCGUGGCCACUGAACUGGUCAACCACGGUGCCAACGUCAACCAGCCCAACAAGUGUUUCUACACGCCUCUGCACCUCGCCGCCGUCUCCACCAACGGUGCCCUCUGUCUGGAGUUGCUGGUCAACAAUGGGGCAGAUGUCAACCAGCAGAGCAAAGAAGGGAAGAGCCCCCUGCACAUGGCAGCCAUUCACGGACGCUUCACACGCUCUCAGAUCCUCAUUCAGAAUGGUGGGGAGAUCGAUUGUGUGGACAAGUACGGCAAUACUCCUCUCCACGUUGCUGCUAAGUACGGCCAUGAGCUGCUGAUCAGCACUCUGAUGACCAACGGAGCAGACACAGCCAGACGUGGGAUCCAUGGAAUGUUCCCUUUGCACUUAGCUGUGCUCUACGGGUUUUCAGACUGUUGUCGCAAGCUACUCUCCUCAGGUCAGCUGUAUAGCAUUGUCUCCUCCAUGAGUAAGGAGCACAUUCUGUCUGCUGGGUUUGACAUAAACACCCCCGACAACUUUGGGAGGACCUGUCUACACGCUGCUGCCUCUGGAGGAAAUGUUGAAUGUCUGAACUUGCUCUUAAGUAGCGGCACCGACUUGAAUAAGAGGGACAUUAUGGGAAGGACCCCGUUGCACUAUGCGGCUGCUAAUGGGAGGUACCAGUGCACUGUGACCCUGGUUAGCGCUGGCGCUGAGGUCAACGAGCCCGACCAGAUGGGCUGCACCCCCCUGCACUACUCCGCUGCCUCGCAAGCCUUCAGCAGAGUUGAUCGUCAUUUUUCUGGAAGCUAUCAGAAUGAAGAAGACGAGGCCAAGGAGUCGUACUUCUGCCUGGAGCAUCUGCUCGACAAUGGUGCAGAUCCGUCGAUGGCCAACGCCAAGGGUUACAGUGCCGUUCACUAUGCAGCAUAUCACGGCAACAAGCAGAACCUGGAGAUGCUCCUGGAAAUGUCCUUUAAUGCACUUGGAGACAUUGAGAGCAGCAUCCCCGUCAGCCCACUACACCUGGCUGCGGACAAGGGUCACUGGCAAGCUCUGCAGGUGCUGACGGAGACGGCUGCCUAUGUGGACAUGCAGGACGCGGCGGGUCGCUCCGUGCUCUACCUGGCUGCUCAGAAGGGCUUCAGCCUCUGUGUGGAGGUUCUGCUGGCCCAGGGAGCUUCCUGUCUCCUUAAUGAAAACCGCCUCAUGAGGACCCCCGUUCAUGCGGCAGCUGCCAACGGUCACUCGGACUGCCUGCGAAUGAUGAUCGAGUACGGGGAAGAGGGCGACCUCAUCAACGUUGUGGACAAGUUUGGGCAGACCCCUCUGAUGCUCGCUGUCCUGGGAGGUCACACCGACUGUGUUCACUUCCUGUUGGAGAAAGGGGCUUCACCAGACGCCCAGGACAAGAGAGGCAGCACGGCACUGCACCGAGCGGCGGUGCUGGGCCAUGAUGACUGUGUGACGGUGCUGCUGGAACACAAAGCUUCUGCACUGUGUCAGGACGUCCAGGGUCGGACACCGUUGCACUACGCAGCUGCCAGAGGCUACGCCGAGAUCCUUGCCAAUCUGGUGCCGGUUGCCGUGGUGACCGAUCCACUAAACAAACUGCUGGACAACAAACAAUAUACGCCAUUACACUGGGCUGCUUACAAAGGACACGAAGACUGUUUGGAGGUUUUACUUGAAUCUAAAAAUGCUAUUCACGAAGAGGGAAACUCGUUCACCCCCCUGCACUGUGCUCUGUUGAACGGCCACAGCGGUUCCGCUGAGAGGCUGCUUGAAUCCGCGGGGGUCCGCAUGAUCAACGCCACAGACGCCAAAGGAAGGACUCCACUCCACGCUGCUGCGUUUGCUGAGGAUGUCGCUGGGCUUCAACUGGUGCUCCGUCACGGCACUGAGGUCAACGCUGUGGACAAGAGCGGACGGUCUGCCCUGAUGGUGGCAGCUGACAAGGGACACAGCGGCACAGUGGCGAUCCUGCUCCACCGGGUGAAGGCGGAUCUCACCCUGCUGGAUGAGAACAGAAACACUGCUCUGCAUCUCGCCUGCAGCAAGGCCCAUGAGAUGUGUGCCCUUCUGAUCCUGGGAGAGAUCCACAGUCCCACUCUCAUCAACGCCACUAACAGUGCUCUGCAAAUGCCUCUACAUCUGGCAGCUCGGAACGGCCUGGCGACGGUGGUGCAGGCUCUGCUGAGCAGAGGAGCCACAGUUCUGGCUGUGGAUGAGGAAGGGCACACCCCCGCUCUGGCCUGUGCCCCCAACAAAGAUGUGGCCGACUGCUUGGCUCUGAUCCUGUCUACCAUGAAGCCUUUCCCUCCUCGGGACCCCUCCUCCUGCUCCUGCUCCCCCGGCUCCGUCUCCCCGACGCCAGGUCUCAACCUCCUGAAGCACUGCGGCAUCACAGCCACAUGCACCCCCCUGCCCAGCAACGGGCUCCACAACGGCUACGUUAAGGACCGCCAUGGCGCGCCGGUGGGCCUGGACGGGUGCCUGUCUGAGUGAGGGAAGGUCCACCAACAGCUCCAGCACCAGGAGGCGGAGCCAGGGAGCACCCACCCACACGUCUGUUCCGUGUAUGUCUGUGCGUGCGUGAGUGUUUGGUCUUCUCUUGAGGUGCAGUCAAACUUAAUAUGCAAUUAGACGUCCGUCCCUCGUCUCCUGGUAGUGCUGAACACUGCGAGGCUCGCCACUCUGCAAGGUCACUCACCACCAACGAGCAAUCUGGACAUCCCCCCCGAACCGUUUAACCCUUUAAAGUCAUGUUAAUUCUAACCACAUCUCAGUGCAUGAAGUCUUUCAUAUCUUCACUCAGUCAUAUCAUGUCCGGUGGGGACCUUGUAGAGGAGCCUCCGACGCAACAACGAUCAAAGAUGUUUUCUUUGUUGACUUUUUCUUAUUGUUAUGAAGGAACCACACAAGGGAAACUUAGCGUAUGAGUGCAAUGCCUGUGUACUGACAGUACAAUCUGAAAUCUACAAACUCAUCACAAAGAUUCUGCGGCGAAUAGAAUUGUUUGGCAUUUUCACAAAUUUGCUGCUGAAUUCACGGAGGGGUCGCGGCCUUCCAAAGGUGCGUCCUCGCCGGCGCCGAUCAAUUCUUGCCGGCGUUCGAGGAGAAAAAAAAAAAAAGAUGCUAAAUACGUGUUUGUUAAGCUAGAAUGUUUCUAAGCAUAUAAGUUAUGACCAAAGUUGAUCGACACUACUUAUGGCUAUAAAUUAUUUAUUUGAGAUAAACUGUACUGUAUAGAAAGAGAGACAAUAGAUCUUGAUAUACCUCGUCGACUCGUUUAGCAGCUGCUUCAUCUUCACGCAGGGUCCGCGGGCCUGCGGUUCUCCCCCGAGGGACAGAACCGCUGUAGGAUAGUGACUGACUGAGGCCUUGUUUAUUUCCAGAUGAAGGCUUUACUAGUAAUAUCUGCCAACAACACCUCAUCCAAGCAUCGUAUCUCUGAGCACAUAAAUGAACAAGCCAUUUCAAUUUAUUUCCCAUCUCUUUAACAGUGUUUUUCUUUUUUUUUUGUUUUUGAGUUUAGAGGGGAAUAUUUCAGCAUUGCCUAAAAGAUUUCUUGUCGUUCUAUUCAGGCUGAUUUUAUUCUGAAGUUGAAGAGUCUUAACUAUACUCGGGGCGGUCGUCAACAGUAUUCGGGGGAGGGGGGUUUCAAGCAAUAUUUUCUUUUGGCCUUCAAUUGUUAUGGUUAAUAUUUAGUUUUUCUUGAAUAGACAAUCACUGUCACAAGGGCUUUUGUUUCCCUGGAAUGUGUUUCAUUUGCUUUUCCUCUUUUUUUUUUUUUUUUGGUUUAUUAUCCGAAGUCUGAUGACGAUUUCAUGACCUAAAUGAAUGGCUCUGUGCGUGCCGGGCAUUUUACCGUCGGUGUCAACACAAAUGCACUGGAUUGCCUUUUACGGCGUCUCAUGAAAUGCCUUUUUGACCCAUGCCUUCCGUCGUUUCAGUUGGAUCGCGACAGAGAGGAUGAUGAGAGUCACUAAUAAUCCCGUUUUGUCCCGGAAGUCUCCUGGAUCGUUGAGUACGGAGGGAGUCUUUGUUUUGGGCCAAAACCUGCUGUUGUCUUUUUUUUGUUUUUUGUUUUAUUUUGUUAGUAGAUUUCAGGAAUAGAAAGCAGAAUCCAAAUAUUCGCUUCAUUUAUGUCGUCAUCCCGUUUCUGGUACUGAACUAGCGAAGAUUGUAUCGGACCACUUGAGCUGUUUUCUUUCUCUAUGCGACUUUAGUUUCUGCCAUCUCCUGGUGGUUCAGCGAGUCGGAUUGUUUUCAUCGGUGGCGCCCGCCGGUGACAAAGAGGCACAAUUGCACAUAUGAAAAGACUGGAUGAGUCGAGGACCUAGUGUGUGUGGAACCGCCUAGCGUGUGGUUCGCAGACAAGAUUUCAAUUCACAAAUGACUGACUUCUAGCUAAUUAGCGACCCGCAGAACGUGGAUUAGGUUUUGUUUGGAAUCUCAGGAUCUGUGCAGGCAGGAAUCAGAUCUCAGCAGCGGUGACGGGAACCUUAGUGUUCCGCUACGAUCCCACAGCACUUAGUGAGUUAGUGGGGCCGGCACUUUAGUACGUUCAGGUUCUAAGUGUUGCAGACGGGAGCAAAGGAACCGAUGUUUACAUGCACGAGUGCUGCUCCAUACUGGAAGUAGUUCAAGACACGCUGCCAACAUUUGCUUUAGGAACGUCCCCGAGUGUGUCUGAGUGAGUGCCAGCGUGUGCCCGAGUGUCUAUGCAUUUGCCUAAAUGUGACCUGACGCAGUUUUAAUCAUCCUGCAGUCUGAUAAUCGGACUUGUGAUGUCAGCCUGAUUCCACUGUGGGGGCACCGUGGCACACGGUCUCAGCAGUAACACUGAAUACACACUCAUAUUGGCCGGUCGUUUGCCCAGAUCCUGUCCCGGUCCGUAGGUGGUCCGGCACUGUUCCAGCUGAGCCGGCUCCUCGGUUCCUCUGGAUUUUCAAAAGCAGGAAAUCGAUAAAUCACUAUGGGAGUGUCUAUACAUAAGUGACAACAUCAGGUAGUUUGUUUGGGGGAACCUCUGGUGUGGCCACAACCGGACCCCCUAAGUGGAAUCAAAAUUUCAGACUCACUCAGUCUGUUUCCCCCUCUCUUCGUGUUUGUGAACAAAGCCAUUGAUCCGGCAAACAUUGUGAUGUCACCUAGUAUUCUUAUACGACCUGUAUGUUUGUGUUGGUGUGUGUGUAUGGUCUACUCUUGUGAUCAUCAGUGUGAACGGCGCUCGGUCCACUUGUAGCAAUAGAAGCGUGAAUGUUCUUGUGUGACGUCGCCAACCCACUGGAGCGCAGCAUUAAUGCCAAUGGAAGAUUUUGAAAUAACGCGGGUUCCACUGAGUCUCCGCUCACUGGCGAGGCCUGUUUGCCAAAAUGACAGGGUGUCCGGGGCGAGGGCUGUUGGAUGUUGGGGUGUGAGUCAUUCAGUUUUCUUUUGGAGCGGAACCGUACACUAAAGCAGCGAUGGAUUUUAUGCACCGAUCCGUUUACAUUCGGACAAUAGAAUCUGAGCCAUGAGUCUUCUGACUGAAGUGAAUGUUGGUCAGUGGGUCUGGAGCAGAUGCCGGCGAGUCACCUGACCGCCUCACAUGAGUGGCAGUGAGAUCAUGUGACCUUGUCUUUCGUCUUCACUCACUCGAUGCUGGUUGUGUCUUCCUGAGCUGACAGCCAUUGUAGUUUCCUCCGAUUUUUAACCCGAAGAAUUUGAGGUUGUCAUAUCAAUUGUUGCGUAAAUGUUGAAUGAUGUUUAGUUGUCGGUGUGUGAGCGUGGUGACCUCCCGCUUCUGCGGUAGAGGGGGUUUGGCCUCCUGUUCUUCAGGCAGGCGUAGCAUGUAGCAAAGCAGGGUUUUGAACCUCACACCCAACACACUUCACCAUCCGCUAGAAAGGAGAUUUGUUUGUGUUUGUGCUUCAAGGUCAAUGGUUUGGGGUUUGGAGUGAUGUGGUGAGAGAGACCUCUCUGUUGAGCUCUCCAUUCAUAAGAGCUGAGCAGCGCCACUCGCCGCCUGAUGCUUGAGCAGGAUCAGUCAGACAUACACACGGUCCGUGCCAUAGAGCCCUCACUUGCCUUCAGACGUCAUCAGUCAGGUUUAUUUCUCAUGUCUUCACCUGAGCAUCCUGAAAUCUGACAAAUCACUACUGCCACCCUCUGGUUCAAGUUAUUGUUGUUGUAUGAGCGUGUGUGUGUUUUGCGAUAGGAAAAACAUGAUGUCCACACAAGUAAUAAAGAAAACGCAUCCAGCGAGCGCGAGGUCGCCGUAGCGGGCCUCGGUUGGUGUUUCCAUGAAAAUCUGCUGGUUCACUGUUGAGCCUUUUGCCUUAAGAAUUCAAGAAAAGCUGAGCAGUGGUGCUGCUGGUUCUGUUCUGGUGUUUAGCGCAGCAGCAGCAGCAGCAGCAGCACAGAGCUGGAGGUUGGAGGCGUCGCCAUAUAGUCCACUGUGAAAGGGUUAAUCCAGAAACAAUCAGCCGCCGCAAGGGGGAAACGGAAGGGUGCCCAGGGAUUGUUGCUCGGACCAGAACCGAUGAUGUGCAUGAACCAGCCUGAGAAUCCAGGAGCACAUCUGUUCUAAGUGAAACGUGUUGUGAUCCAACACGCGACUCAAGCGAGUUGCCACUUUUCCUUUUUCUCCCUCAAAACAGAAGAUGAAUGUGUUUACACAUUACACGUUUUCACAUUAGCUUCGCCCUUCUGUCGUCCAAUAGAAGACACUCAAUUGUCAGAAAAUAUUUCUUUACACCCGAGUCAGGUUUCUGGUGUUGGAGAGACUGAAAGUUGCUGUAAAAACUGACGCUGUGCGGUGGAAUCCGGCUUCAGUGUCGGAUGUUCCUCCAGACCUGAGGAGCUUUGAGGGUCUGCUUGUGUAUAAGAACCUUUGUUGGUUUGGACCUGCAGUUUUACCUCACCGGCCGUCUACUCUCUUCCUGAGUGUGUGAGCUCACAUUGGCGCUCUGAAGCGUGUCGGUCCAAUUCCUGGUCAGUGGGGUUUGGGUUAAUUUACCUCUGGACGUCCUGUCAGGUCAAACUUCCCGCCCACAGUCCUGUGUGGCGCCACACAGCGGUGCCUUUGAUUUACUACCGAAAGGUUCAGUCUUCCAUUUGAAUCCCGAAGCCUUACAAAGGAAAAAAAAAAAAGUCGCCCACUGACCCGCAGGCCCGCUUCCCCUUUGAGGUGGAAUCCAAACACUCAUCUUCUAGUUCAGGGCGGCAGGAGGAACUUGCACAUUUCUAAUGUGGCACAUCAAUCACUGACCGGGGAUCAACGGUACGAAAGCACAAUUCCAAAGAAGGCAGCGCCGCUCGUCCAGGGCCGGCGGGUCUUUUCAACUGAAUUUAGGCGCCGGUGUCAGCCGAAAGCCUCCCAGCUCGCUCUAGGUUUGAUUGUCAGUAUCACAGCAACUGUAGAUCUAGUCAGAGCUGCUUGUGCAGAAGCGGAUCUGCGAGGUGACGCGUAGAUGAGUGUGUGUCGUGAUCGUGCAGCUAGUUCGGUGUUCAGUAGCCGUGUGCAGUGUUAAUAACCGUGUGAUCGUUUUACAAGCGUGUUGUCUUUUUACCACCUGAGAGGGAGAGUCGGCGGCUCUCGCGCCAACCUGCUUCUGUUUUCUUCACCACAGCAGUGCGGUCUGGACCCAAGCGGCUUGUUUGAGGACCAGGUCCCGGCUGGUGAAAGCACCAAGAGUUCCCAUCGAAGGUGCCGCUGCUGAGUCUUUAGAAAGCAGAGUUAGGGUUGGGUGAAACGCCGGCGGUUCUCCCAGAUGCAUGAACUUUCCCGCUGACCUCGUUCGAAAGAGACAAAAUAUAAAGUGCAAUAACUUUGGUUGGUCGUCGCUUCCUUUGGGCUCCAGUUCUUUUUAUUUGUUGACUUGAAAAGUCGCUGGUUUGUAGCAAAUCCCGGAUGAGGAGGUAACGUCGGAUUGUGACUGUGUAAAAUUCCUUUGAUUCCGAAACUGUGACGACGUCGUCCUCGCAGGGGAACCGGCGCCGACGGUUCCUCACUCGUUGUUUUGGUUGUUAAAAUCCUGAUUUCACUGGGCCAGACUUUAGUUUGCAUGCGUCGAUGUGUUUUGCAUCCUGGUCGACGUCCAGCGCGUCCGAGAAGCGAAGAAUGAAAAAUGCCUUAAAUUAGUUUCCGUGUAGAAGUUUGCCACCGACUUGUUUGCAGUUAUGGUUGAGUCGUUUUGUAUCCUGAGACGUUUGAAAACAAGAAAUCUGGUGCAGCUCGGCCUCUUUCCUGCAGGAGAUUUUGGAGUGAAUUGGCACGAUUUUGUUUUUAGAAUCACCUGAACAUAGUAUCAUUUUAGCUAUUGCUUGGUCUUAAUUGGUAACUGCAGAAGCUGUCUUGCACUGUUCAUGACUGUUCAUACACCCAAGACGAACAUCAGCGUUUAAACAGGAACGUGAAUGUACUGGAGGGCGUGAAGGUAGAAAACCCAAAUGGAUCAAACGCAGAUGAGAAUUUACUGCACAAAACUAAAGUGAAAGGCCAAUAUUCCACGUGAUGUUUGGAGCUGUUCCUGCAGCUCCGCGCUUGUCUGACAGCUUUCUUAUUCUUGAAUGCUUGAUGUCAGUUGAGAGCCGGGCCGGUCGUCCCCUGUUGAGAACACGUGUCUGUAAACAUUCCCCCCCUGAAAGUGCCGUUUGUUUUCACCAGCAGUGUCUGUGUUGUCCAGUUUAGUAGCGGGCGAGAGGCGUGACCUUCGGGACGGGUGCUUGGUCGGCGGUCGCUGCUGGCGGAAGGAUGUUUUCGCGUUCUGCUCCGCUGUUGACUUUUUGGCUUCUAACAAUCGGUCGCGUGGGCCUGACGCGGCGCCGACCUGCUGGUGUCUGACCUGUCGGGGGCCCUUGUGAGGAGCCAGGGGGCUCAGGGCGACAAUCACUUCACGCGCACCUUCACACUAAUGUAAGAGAUUGAACGACGUCCGGCCGACAUUCCAAAGUUGACUUUCCUUCUGAGUGGCAGGCAGCGAGGACGCCGCGUGAGACAGGGUUCCCGAUUCAGCCUAACGCAGAUUACCUCAUUUACAAACCUGCAAAUAUUCUACUGUGUGUGUGAGGAGUCGAUGACAUCAUCAUCACCAGCAGCAGCGACCCGACUUCACUACGGACCAAUCACCUUCACUGGAUUUGUGUUGUGAGCGUCGCCGGACGUUCACGCCAGAAUCAGACCACUGCGACUUACGUUUGUUCAUGGCCAGCGCUGCGUCUCCAGACAGCCCCGCCAAGCCCUCAGGGUCCUGAAACGUCCAGUCAUGUUCGGCCCAGUGACAAACUAGAGAAGUAGCAGUGAAGCGAGCCAAGAGUGGCGAGUUGUUCUGCAGCAGUCUAGCGCCUGCUUGUGGUCAGAAUGCUACAAAGCACAAGUCCCCUCUGUGAGCAUGUAGAUUAGCGUGUGUUGGAGCACCACCUCACUGGUUCUCAGCGAGGGGAAGCUUGAGGAACUUCUCGCUCACUAGAGCCAAACACACCUGAAGAUGUCAGCCACUAACCCGCCGCCGGCGAUGCUCUCCAACAAGACGACGUUGCCAUUGUAUAGCUGCGCUCGUUUAUACCGUCUGAUGUAGAUUUAGCGCCACCUGUACAAAGCACAACAUCUCCGGUAGUUGAUCGAUAUCCAUCUGAAGUGCAACACCUGGUGACUGAAUGGCUUGAAAUUUGACGCAACCUGCCUCAUCCUGCGCUGUCUGGAGACGCAGCCACGGCGCCGCUACCAUGUUAGCAUCACUGGCUGUUCUCAGUAGCAUUUCUCCUACCUCCUUGUUUUGCAGCCUUGUUUGUCUCGCCGCCUGUUCUGACAAGAAAAAAAAAAAAAACAGAAGCAAUGUUAGUUAGACUUCAGCGUGCUUGGUUGUGCUGUUUGUGUAUGUGUCUGUUUGAAAAAAAAAAUAUUUAAGAGAAGCAUUUAUAGGAGUAAAAACACCACUGGAAUGUGAAGCCAGAACAUGUGACCGUUCAGUUUUCCCAUCCUUCCCCUUUAGCUUUCAGCGGCCAGUCGGCAGAAAUGAGUCUCAUUUUUAAUAUCUCGCCCCACAGCGAUCGAUAACUACGUUUACAAGUGUCGGUCUGGGUCGUCACGUGGAAGGUGGAUUUGUAAUUCGAGUUUGCGCCUUGAGCCGUUUGCCUUUUAGAGUCCAUCUGUCCGAACCAAAUUCUGUCACCGCACUGCCCCGACAUUCUACAUUCAGUUUGACGACAAGGGGUACAAGUCAAGGUGAAGGGUUUGAGGUUUUUGAACCCCCUCUCCCCACCCUCCUCUCCCUCUUCCCCAUGGUCAGUCAAACCUCAAGCCGUUCAUUCUUGUCGAGUUUCUUGGACAAUGCAAUCCUGAAAGCACUUUGCCUUGUUAUUCCUUUGUGUGAACAUGUGAAUGAUGAUUUGUUACAAGAAAUUGUUAAAUAUGUAAAAGAUCAUUCACUGUUUUGGAAAAACCUGCAUCUGUCUUUCUGACGUUAAACAGAAAAUAUGAAAAAAAAAAAAUACAAUUUCGUGACAUUAAACCUGAAUCUAUUUUAUAAAAUGUUUGCUGCAGCCAAUUGGUCUUGUCAUUCAGUAUUGUGGCUUAGGGUUGUUUGUGUUCAAUAAAGUGCUAUUGCUAAA